UAACCAAACAACGCAAACCGCCUGGAGUACGCUUUUUUUUUUUUUUUUUAAAAUCACAUAAAUUUCAUUGUAGUUACAUUCUUUAAUUGGCAGUUACGCAGCGCAUGGUUUGUGCUUUAUCACGUUAAGUAUUUUUAGUGAAAACUUUUCUUGUCCGAGUUGUGCGUGUCGGCAUCCGAUGUUAUUAUUUAACGUGCACAGCGGCGACCAAUAAAAAACACCGGGAACGCGAUGGCAUCAGACGAGGAAGUUGAGGAGUCUUACACCGAAGACUAUGAUGACCCAUCAAGUCGUAUAGAAAACUCAUUUGACUCUGAUGAAGAUAAACGUGUAGAGGAAGAAGAUGAUGAAUAUGAUCCUGAAGGACGUAAAAAAAAAAGAGGUAAAAAGCGUAAAGCAAAAAGUGAUUCUAAAAAAGAAAAAAAAAGAAAGAAAAGAAAAAGAGGUGGUGACAGUGCUGAGGAGAGUGACUAUGCAAAUGUAGAAGAAGAUAAUAAUGCUGCCAAUGAUUCAGAUUAUUCCAAUAGAAAAUCUAAAAAAUCUAAAAAUUCUAAACAUCAUCAAGUAACAACUCCGACCACUUCUCAAAGUCAAGAUAAUAAUGGCACGGGAAUGCCUUCAGUAGAAGAAGUUUGCCAAACUUUUGGUUUGCAAGAUGUUGAAAUUGAAUAUACUGAUGCUGAUUUUCAAAAUUUAACUACCUAUAAAUUAUUUCAACAGCACGUUAGACCUAUUCUUGCCAAAGAAAAUCCUAGGGUGGUAAUUGCCAAAAUGAUGAUGUUAGUUGCUGCUAAGUGGCGUGAUUUUUGUCAGCUAAACCCACAUCAUGAACAAGAUGAUGUAGAAGGUAAUGAAGAAGUUGAAAAUCAAACCAAAAGUUCUACAAGACAAAAGGCUAGAUCUGUUGAAGAAACAGAUGAGUUAGAAGAAGAAGAAGAAGAAAUUGAAGAGAAAAAAAGUAAAAAACGUAGUAACCGUAGUAAGCGUAGUACAGGGGCAGGAAAUAAAAAAAGUUCCCAAGGAUCUACUUCAAAAGUGCCUACAUUAAAAAUUAGACUGGGAAAACGUAAACAAGCAAGUUCAGAUGAAGAUGCUGAUGGUACUGGUGCUGGAGACAAUGCUGGAGAUUCUGAUGCAGAAUUUGAACAAAUGUUGCAGGAAGCUGAAGAAGGUGCAAUGGCUGAAGCUGAAGCAAAUUAUAAAGAUGAUCCUGAUGCUCCCAAGAAAAAAGCUAAAACUAAAAUUGGAAAUAAAUCUAAGAAAAAAAAGAAAACUAAAACAACAUCUAAGUUCCCAGAAGGCAAUGGCGAUGGUGAUGAUUUUGAGCAAACGGAUCAUCAAGACUAUUGUGAAGUUUGCCAACAAGGAGGUGAAAUUAUGCUAUGUGAUACCUGUCCAAAAGCAUAUCAUCUUGUUUGUUUAGAUCCAGAACUAGAAGAUACUCCUGAAGGUAAAUGGUCUUGUCCCCAUUGUGAGAGUGAAGGAGGACAAGAACAAGAAGAAGAUGAACAUCAAGAGUUUUGUCGAGUUUGUAAAGAUGGUGGUGAACUACUAUGUUGUGAUUCAUGUCCUGCCGCAUAUCAUACAUUCUGUUUGAACCCACCCAUUACUGAUGUACCUGAUGGUGAUUGGAAAUGUCCAAGAUGUUCGGCCAAACCACUGCCUGGUAAAGUUUCCAAAAUUUUAACAUGGCGAUGGAAACCUCUUCCUGAGGAUACUAGUAAACCAGUAGAUGAACAACAAGAAAGAGCAAAUAGAAGGCGAAACAAACAACAAAGGCAGCGAGAAUAUUUUGUUAAAUGGCAUGAUCAGAGUUAUUGGAAAUGUGAUUGGGUCUCAGAAGUUCAAAUGGAAGUUUUUCAUCCUAUAACUAUUAGGAGUUACAUGCGCAAAUUUGAUAUGGAUGAACCUCCUAAAUUAGAAGAACCUCUUGAUGAAAUGGAUAACAGGUGGAAAAGAAUUCGUGAUGUUGGUGGUGAUCAGGUUGCUUUAGAAGAAAGAUAUUAUAGGUAUGGUGUAAAACCUGAAUGGCUACUAGUCCAUCGUAUACUUAAUCAUAAGCAUUUAAGAGAUGGAAGAAUGAUGUACUUAGUUAAAUGGCGAGAUUUACCUUAUAAUUUUGCUACAUGGGAAGAUGAAAAUUCUGAAUAUAUUGAUCUUAAAAGCUACAUUGAUUAUUAUUGGGACUUAAGAGCAUCUUGUGAUUCUACAAAAAAGAGUAAGAAAAGCAAAGGUAAAAAAAGUAAUGCUAAAAAAGAAAUUGUUGAAGAUGAAGACUCCUCUAAACACAUUCCUGGAUUAACUUGCCGCAAAUUUGUAGCUGCACCUGAUAAACCAGUUACUGAUUUGAAGAAAAAGUAUGAAAAACAACCAGAUUAUCUUGUAGAGACUGGCAUGGAACUGCACCCUUAUCAGUUGGAAGGUUUAAAUUGGUUGAGAUAUUCAUGGGGACAAGGGAUUGAUACUAUUUUAGCUGAUGAAAUGGGCCUUGGAAAAACUAUUCAAACAAUUACAUUUUUAUAUUCCCUUUAUAAAGAAGGCCAUUGUAAAGGACCAUUUUUGGUAAGUGUUCCGUUAUCAACUCUUAUAAAUUGGGAGCGAGAAUUCGAAACCUGGGCUCCAGAUUUUUAUGUUGUAUCAUAUGUUGGAGACAAAGAUUCAAGAGUAACAAUCAGAGAACAUGAAUUUUCUUUUGAUGAUAAUCGUUCUGGAGUUCGUUGUACUAAAAUUAAAGGCGCCGUUAAAUUCCAUGUAUUACUUACAAGCUAUGAAUUGAUAUCUAUUGAUGCUCCAUUAUUAGGUUCAAUUGAUUGGGCAGUAUUAGUUGUAGAUGAAGCUCAUAGGCUUAAAAGCAAUCAAUCAAAGUUUUUCAGGCUUUUAGCUGGCUAUAAUAUACGUAACAAACUUUUAUUGACUGGCACACCUUUGCAAAACAAUUUAGAAGAAUUAUUCCAUUUAUUAAACUUUCUGACACCUGAAAAGUUUAAUGAUCUAACAGUGUUUCAAAAUGAAUUUGCUGAUAUUUCAAAAGAAGAGCAAGUGAAACGUCUACAUGAAAUGUUAGGACCUCAUAUGCUUAGAAGAUUAAAAGCUGAUGUGUUAAAAAAUAUGCCAUCAAAAUCUGAGUUCAUUGUACGUGUAGAAUUAUCACCAAUGCAAAAAAAAUACUACAAAUAUAUAUUGACUAGAAACUUUGAAGCACUGAAUCCCCGUGGUGGUGGCCAACAAGUUUCAUUGUUAAAUAUAAUGAUGGACUUAAAGAAAUGUUGUAAUCAUCCUUACCUAUUCCCAGCAGCUGCACAAGAAGCUCCAACUUCAAUUAAUGGAAGUUAUGAAAUUGGUGCUCUUACAAGGGCUGCAGGAAAAUUAGUUCUACUGUCUAAAAUGCUAAAAAAGUUGCAAGAAACAAAUCAUCGAGUGUUGAUAUUUUCCCAAAUGACGAAAAUGUUGGACAUACUUGAAGAUUACUUAGAAGGAGAAGGUUAUAAAUAUGAAAGAAUUGAUGGCUCAAUUACUGGAAAUCAAAGACAAGAAGCAAUAGAUAGAUUCAAUGCACCUGGGGCUCAACAAUUUGUUUUCUUAUUAUCUACAAGGGCUGGUGGAUUAGGUAUUAAUUUAGCAACAGCUGACACUGUAAUUAUCUAUGAUUCUGAUUGGAAUCCUCAUAAUGAUAUCCAAGCUUUUUCAAGAGCCCAUCGUAUUGGUCAAGCAAAUAAAGUCAUGAUUUAUCGAUUUGUAACAAGAAAUUCUGUUGAAGAACGAGUUACUCAAGUUGCUAAAAGAAAAAUGAUGUUGACUCAUUUAGUAGUGCGUCCUGGAAUGGGAGGUAAACAAACAAAUUUCACUAAACAAGAAUUAGAUGAUAUAUUACGUUUUGGUACUGAAGAACUAUUUAAAGAAGAAGAGGGAAAAGAAGAAGAGGCUAUUCAUUAUGAUGAUAAAGCUGUUGAAGAACUUUUAGACCGUUCUAAAAUUGGUAUUGAACAAAAAGAGAAUUGGUCUAAUGAAUAUUUAUCAUCAUUCAAAGUAGCCAGUUAUGUUACUAAAGAAGAAGAUGAAGAGGAAGAGGCUAAUACAGAAGUCAUCAAACAAGAAGCUGAAAAUACUGAUCCAGCUUAUUGGGUUAAAUUGCUUCGUCAUCAUUAUGAGCAACAUCAAGAAGAUAUCUCUAGAACGUUGGGCAAAGGAAAGAGAGUUCGAAAACAAGUUAAUUACAAUGAUGGUGGUGGUGUAGUUGAUUCUACUCGUGAAGACACUACUUGGCAAGAAAAUCUAUCUGAUUAUAACUCAGACUUCUCAGCUCCAUCAGGCGAUGACAAAGAAGAUGACGACUUUAAUGAAAAUGAUGGUGAAGCUGGUAAAAAACUUAAGCGUAAACCAGAAAGAAAAGAAGAGAGGGAUCGUCCUUUACCACCUCUAUUAGCCAGAGUUGGUGGAAAUAUAGAAGUACUUGGUUUUAAUGCUAGGCAAAGAAAAGCCUUCUUAAAUGCUAUUAUGAGAUAUGGGAUGCCACCUCAAGAUGCAUUUAAUUCUCAAUGGCUUGUAAGGGAUCUUAGAGGAAAAUCAGAAAAAAAUUUUAAAGCAUAUGUGUCACUUUUUAUGCGUCAUCUCUGUGAACCUGGUGCAGAUAACUCAGAAAAUUUUGCAGAUGGUGUUCCGCGUGAAGGUUUAAGUCGUCAACAUGUGCUUACUAGAAUCGGUGUUAUGUCGCUUAUUCGUAAGAAGGUUCAAGAAUUUGAAGAAAUAAAUGGUUUCUACAGUAUGCCUGAGCUUAUUAGAAAACCAAUACAAACUAUUAAAGUAGCAGAUGUAUCUACUAGUUCUACACCUAUACCACGUUCUGAAGCUUCAACUCCUACAACAACAGUUUCAGAAAAGACUGAAACUGAAUCUGAAACUAAACCAUCUGUGGCUGAUCCUGACAAGUCUAAAGAAGUUAAUAAUGAAACUGAAAAUACUGAAAAAACUGCUGAAGUUAAAUCUGAAGAAAAAAAAGAUCCCACCGUAGUUAUUAAAAUAGAAAAUAAUAUCUCAUCUGAAUCUGAGAAAAAUGAUGAAGUUGCUAUAGUGGAAAAAGAAAUAAAAGAAGAAGUUUCUGAAACUAAAGAACCCGUUGAUCUUCAAAAGGACAAUACUGCAGAGGAAAAACCAGCAGAAAAUAAAAAUGAGAAAGAAGACACUGAAACUGAAAAUUUGAAAUCUGAACAAAAAGAGUGUAAUUCAAAUGACCAAAAAGAAACCACAGAUAAAACUGAAGAAGAAAUAGAAAAUGAAGAAAAGGAUAAAGAAAAAUCCAAGGAAGAAUCCACAGAAUCUAAAGAAGAUGAAAAGAAAUCAGCUGAAGCUUCAUUAAAGGUGCAACAAGCUGAUGAUGAAGCUAAACAAAAAUUGUUAGAAGAAGCUGAAAGAGCUAAAGUUGCUGCAGGUAUUGGAACUGAAAAUGAUAAAGAAGACAAAAUUACCAGAAAAUUCAUGUUUAAUAUUGCUGAUGGUGGAUUUACUGAACUUCAUACAUUAUGGGUAAAUGAAGAAAAAGCAGCUGUUCCUGGACGUGAAUAUGAAAUAUGGCAUAGACGUCAUGACUAUUGGUUGUUGGCUGGUAUUGUAACACAUGGUUAUGGUCGUUGGCAAGAUAUUCAAAAUGAUAUUCGCUUUGCUAUUAUAAAUGAACCAUUUAAAAUGGAUGUUGGCAAAGGAAACUUUUUGGAAAUAAAAAAUAAAUUUUUAGCUAGAAGGUUUAAGCUCUUAGAACAAGCACUUGUUAUUGAAGAACAAUUAAGAAGAGCUGCUUAUUUAAAUCUUACACAAGAUCCCAAUCAUCCAGCUAUGUCUUUAAAUGCUCGUUUUGCUGAAGUUGAAUGUUUAGCAGAAUCUCAUCAACACUUAUCCAAAGAAAGUUUAGCGGGAAAUAAACCAGCUAAUGCUGUUCUUCACAAGGUAUUAAACCAAUUGGAAGAACUUUUAUCAGACAUGAAAUCUGAUGUUAGCCGACUGCCUGCGACAUUAGCACGCAUACCACCAGUUGCUCAGAGACUUCAAAUGUCUGAAAGAUCCAUUCUUUCUCGUUUGGCAGCUACAACAUCAUCUGCCACUUCUAGUUCUCAGCAACAACCUGGAGUUGGUGCUAUUAGUAAUCAGUAUCCUAAUGGCUUCCAAAAUGGUCAGUUAAAUGGAGCAUUUGGCAAUACCAAUUUUACUAACUUUAGACCUCAGUAUUCUGUGCCUGGUCAACAAACUUCAUCAUCAGGCACUGCUUAAGUGUCAUUUAUGUUUUAUAAUAUUUUUACAGUACCUUUAUUCUUUGACUCUAGAUCUCUAUCUAAAAAAAAAAAUUAUAUUUUCUCCAUCAGUUGAUUAAAUAAUUUGAACUAUUUGAUCAUUUUCGUAAUUUAUACUACAAUACAUUGAAUUUUACAUUGAAAACCAUUUGUAAAAAAUUAAUAUGUUUUUCUUUUGUGAUGAUUAGUGACCAAUUCAUUUAAUUACUGCAGUUGCAGCGUCCAUAUGUUUUUUUUUUUUUUUUUUUUAUAUAUUUUACAAUCAAUAAAAUGGACAACUAUAUUA